GUAGGAAUGCCGCGGCUUUCGACAAUACAACGCGUCAUCUGUACGCAUGCAUGCAUGAGCCUGUAAACUUGCCGCAGAGAUCGUACGUGAAGAUACCGAGCGAACGGCUGCGACGAGUCUGUGGGUAACAGCGCCGUUUUGACCGUGGAACAGCAGAGCACAGCACAACACCACAAUGGUUUUGUGCUAUAAUAUACAGUGUGACGGAUUUCCAACAGUUCGCGAUACAUCUUCUUCUUCUCUUGGCGUAUACUGCACUUCACACCCUACCAUCAUCCGCCAACCUUGCCUCAUCGAUCGAAGGAUUUCAUUAUGUGUUUUGAAUAUAAAGCCCAUCGGAAGACGGGAAUCGCCUGAAGGGGGUAAAUCUGCCACGUGGCGUGUCGGACGGAGAAGGUUGGGGGCGGAUCGAAGGUGGUUUUGGAUGUUAGGAGGCGAAGGGGUGGCUAGUCAGGCCCCACCGCCAGGUACGGGUCCUAAUGCCGGUCCCCGUAUCGCAAUCUCUUACGCUAACCACAUCCCUCAUACCCAAAGAGGAGAAUACGAUGCCAUUUAUAGACGACGAGUUACUUUGGUGCCCUGACAACGACGGGAAGAUGGUAGAUCUCACCCAGUGUCUUCAGGAGAACGGGGCCGGACAAACCGACGAAUUCUCGGCGAUGGAGUUGAGCGUUCUUGUUGGAGCUCCGGGUGCGCCUUCGGGGCCGUCAGAUGAGGGCGAAGAAAUGUCUGGCGUAGCGGGCGAGGAGCCCUUUGACACCCUGGACACGUUUUUGAGGGAAUUGCAAGCUGACCUAGCCGAGGCCAGUCAACCAACUUCCACCACCACACCUAUUAAUUCCUACAGAAGACAGAGGUACAACAUUGCCGCUGCUAAUCCCUUACUGGCAGAAAAACUGGCAGCACCCUCUUCUCAGAGCUUACCGACCUCCAUAGCGCACGCGGCGAGAGCAGAGAUUAAAACUGAGCACAUACAGCCCGAGACGAGUAAAGUCGACACGAGGGAACUUCAACCGGCACACGACACUGGGGAUAAAGAGGUCCUUGGAUUGGCCAGCAUCAAGGCGGAACCCGGCUCGACAACCGGUGCGAGACUACUUCACGACAUACUUUCUCAGCAUCCCCAGCAGCAUGGUAUUGCUGGAUUACAGAACGGGUAUGCUCGUCAUUUAACCACUGCCCAUGGACAGAUGGGACAGCAACCCUAUUCGAAUGGAUCGCUCGCCACGACGAACACCCCUGGCGGUGGAUCACUGCCGGCGAGUCCGGCUGACAGCGGUGUCAGUGAUGUCGAAUCCAGCACAUCAUCGGGUGGGAACGACGACGCUAAUAUGUUGCUCAAGGCGCGUCUGAAUCCAAACUCGGCGCUGCAAUCUACGCUGGCUUCUCAUCACUCCCACUUGACGACAGCUCUGGGACGGUCAGCGUGUCACAGUCCGGGCGUCUACCAGACGACUGCCGGCGGUUUCCUUACGCCCUCUUACCAGCAUCCCCAUCACCAACACGCCCCGGCCAGCUAUCACCAUCCGCACAGAAGUAGCCCUCCUCAUCACCACCAUGCUGGUAAUAAUCACGGCAUGGGACCGGCGAUGGGACCACCGCCCGGCCACCAUCACCACCACCAUCAUCAUCAUCAGCACCAAAGUUUACAGCAUAUUCACUACCGCCAACCACCGACACUGUCCGAGAGUUACAGCAACUACGUGAGUUCGAUGUACGGAGGUGGAGGACAGUUUGCGACACCCUGCACGCCGAGUCCACCGCGAGGACCGGGAGGCGUUCCGACGAGCGUUAUCCAGGCGGCGACGAGUUCGGUUUCGGACGAUCUUUACCUCCUGGAGUUGGGCUUUCAGCCGCGGCCGAAGAAAAGCAAGCUGAAGAAGCCCCGGCAGGGCGGCGAAGGCGGGACGGCGGUGAAGCGGAAAUCGAGGGAGGGCUCGACGACCUACCUCUGGGAGUUUUUACUCAAGCUGUUGCAGGAUCGAGAAUACUGUCCGCGUUACAUAAAGUGGACGAACAGGGAUCGGGGAGUCUUCAAGCUCGUCGACAGCAAGGCGGUGUCGAGGCUGUGGGGAUUGCACAAGAAUAAACCGGACAUGAAUUACGAGACAAUGGGACGCGCCCUUCGGUACUAUUAUCAGAGGGGCAUACUCGCCAAGGUCGACGGUCAACGGCUGGUCUACCAGUUCGUCGACGUUCCUAAGGACAUUGUUGAGAUCGAUUGUACGGGGGCGUGAGAUCAGGCCUCGCCCUGGCGAAACCUUGGCAAAUAUCACAACGAUAGGAUUAAAAUGCAGCGAAUAUUACGGGCGAGAUUAUUGUUACAAGACAAUGACCGUAUGAAAGACGAGAGAAAUCCAGAAACGGCUGAUCUACUUGACUCGUCUACGAGCUCAUCGCCGCCUCGUCGGUCGGAAUCGGAAUUGCCGCCCGCUUGGCAUAUUCCUCAGAUAAUCUAAAUCAUCCCCCUGACUCUGUUAUUAUAUAUAUUAUACAUAUAUAAACACGCAUGAAUAUUGUAUAUGAUUGAUAUAAUAAUAAUGACAAAGCGGUAACAUUUUUUAUUAUACCUUUUAAAUUUUACGUAAUAUUAUAUUAUAUAUCUACAUUGUUUAUAUAUAUGUACGCCAAGACACAGAAACGAGAAUCCACGUACCCUGGUAUAUGUAUAUGUAUAAAUUAGUAGUUUAUAUAUUGGUUAGAAUUUUUUAAAUUUGUACAAAAUUUAGUUAUUGUAUUAUACUAAUAAUAAUAAUUAUUAUUGUAAUAGUAAUAUCUAAUAAUAAUUAUUAUAUAAUAGUUGAAUGGUCGGAAAUAUAAAGAUUGUGUAUUAUGUAGUAAAGGACAAAUUACUUAACGUAUAUACGAUGAGGAUGAAGUUAAAACGAAACAGAACAAAACAAACAGCAACAAAAAAAAAAAAAUAAUAACUAACCAACAAUUGUACAUUUGAAAAAUGGUAAAUUAUUUAUUAUUGUAUAUUUAGAUGAUUAUAUAAUAUACUUGAUUAAAAAUGAUAAAAAAAAAAAAGAAAAAAAAAAAUUGUUAAAACGGAAAGUUUAAAUGAAACGAAAUAUAAGGGCUGUGAAAUGGUUUAUAGAAGGAGUGUUAAAGUUUUGAUGGAGCGAGCUCAGGGAGGAAGGGGGAUAUUAUAUAUAUUUUUUUAAUAAUGACGGUGACAACGCGCGACUGCUUACACAAAUGAGAAAAAAACUGCUGAGGUCCGUUUAAUCGACGUGAAUAUGGUGCUGGCUAUACACACAAGAGGUCCAACAAUGUUAUUUAGAAGAAAAAAACAACUAUAUAGCGUUUAAAAUGAUAUAGUAUAUUAUAUGUAUGUAUGUGUAUAUAUAUACA